GACUCGGCUGAUCUCCUCCCCUGUGCUCCACUGCUUGAUCAGUUGCUGCCAACAGAGAGAUGGAGAUGAUGCUCGGAAGGUGUUCCCUUCAUCUUUCCACCCCUGAAACUCACCAUCUCCCCUUUCCACUACUAUUCUCUCAUCCGCCCCCCCCCCCCCUCUUCUGGACUCUCCUUUCUAGUCAGGAGCGGGGCUCACCUUCAGCAGGUGUCGGCACUGCUUGGGCAGACACAGGUAGUAUGGCACCAGCUGGUUUGCGUGCCUCAGGACAGCACUGAUGACCGUUGCCUCUGUGAGACACGACAGCAGCUAUGGAAGGAAAAGCGGAAGGAGAGAGAGCGGUGAGUGAGUGAGCGAGCGGGGAAUCUCGCAUGGGGAGGACAGAGAUCCAGACUGGAGAAACCAAAACCAGCUGGUCUAAUGCAACAGCGGCUGACAUUCAGGACAGACCUGGACGAUCCCACUGAGGUACAUCUUUAUGUCCACCAUGUUCUUCUGCCAUUUUGGGCUAGACGAUGGAAGCACUGGCCUGAAAGAAAAGGAAGUGUCCGACAGAAAGACUCACCCAGUCCUAUGUCAUGGCCAGUGGUGCUAUUCCUAAAACAGGCACGGCCAAUGGACACCCAAUGAAGGCACAACUGCAAAUUAUAGUGCUAUCAGCCAAACUGAAAGAUAACAAGAAGAACUGGUUUGGGCCCAGUCCGUAUGUGGAGGUUGCUGUGGAUGGCCAGUCCAAGAAGACAGAGAAAUGCAACAACACCCACAGUCCCAAAUGGAAACAGCCUCUCACAGUGAUUGUCACUCCUUUCAGCAAGCUGGUGUUCCGCGUGUGGAGCCACCAGACGCUGAAGUCUGACGUGCUGCUGGGAGUAGCGACCCUGGAGGUCAGCGAGACCCUCAAGAACAAUGACAUGAAGAUCUCGGAGGUGGUGCAGACUCUGCAGCUGAGUACAGACAGAGACCACAUGGACCUGGUGGGCGACCUGUCUGUCUGUCUGGACGGCAUGACGGUGGACCCUGAGAUGUUCUCCUCCGCAGAGGCCAGCCACCAGGGUACAGCCAAUGGGGAGUCCCAGUACAAUGGAGAUCAACAUGGUGUCAGGGGCAGUCGAGACAGCUCUCCAGCUGUGGACGUCGUGGAGCACAGGUCGUCCCCUGGCGGUCGCCGGGCCGUGAAUGGUACGGGGUCUCCCUCACUGUCAGCAGGGGGCUCCAAGCCCUUCCGCCCCCCUCGGCCCUCCAGACCCCCACCCCCCACCCCACGGAGACCCACCCCCUCCCCAGCAUCCUCCAACGGCUCCAUACCGACAGACGGCAGCGAAGGUCCCUCUGGAUCCAACACCCCGGUCCGGGCUUCUGCCUCCAGAGCGUCCUCAGGCCCAGAGCCUCCUCCAGCCCAGGACCAGCCCCCAGCCCCAGGAACCCCAGCACCGGGAGCCCCAGCCUCUGGAGCCCCAGCCCCGGGAGCCCCAGCCCCAGGGGUCCCCUCCCCUGCCUAUGGGGCUCCAGCCCCUGCAGCCAGACCUCCACCCGGAAUCUCCCCUGGUCCUCCUGGACUCGCCCCUGCCAGCACAGGCCCAAUGCCCCCAGGAUGGGAGCAGAGAGUGGACCAGAGUGGCAGGCUUUAUUUCGUCGACCACGUGGAGAAGAGGACAACAUGGGAACGUCCUGAACCCCUGCCUUCUGGCUGGGAGCGCCGCGUGGACCCCAUGGGCCGCGUCUACUUCGUGGAUCACAUGACUCGCACCACCACCUGGCAGCGCCCCACCAUGGAGUCGGUGCGUAACUACGAGCAGUGGCAGCACCAGCGCAGCCAGCUGCAGGGACACAUGCAGCAGUUCAACCAGAGGUUCAUCUUCGGGGAUCAAGCUCCAGCUCAGAAUAAGGAGUUUGACCCCCUAGGCCCUCUGCCGCAUGGAUGGGAGAAACGGACAGACAGCACUGGGAGAGUGUACUUUGUACAUCACCCCACACGGACCACGCAGUGGGAGGAUCCACGUACACAGGGGCUGCUGAACGAGCAGGCCCUGCCAGAGGGCUGGGAGAUGAGGUUCACGGUGGCUGGCAUCCCCUACUUUGUGGACCACAACAGGAGAUCCACAACCUACAUCGACCCUCGCACAGGAAAAUCCUCACUUGAAAAUGGGCCUCAGAUUACAUAUGUUCGAGACUUCAAAGCCAAAGUCCAGUAUUUCAGAUUCUGGUGUCAGCAACUGUCAAUGCCUCAGCACAUCAAGAUCUCGGUCACGCGCAAAACCCUUUUCGAGGACUCCUUCCAACAAAUCAUGAGCUUCAAUGCGCAGGAUCUGCGUCGAAGACUGUGGAUCAUCUUCCCUGGAGAAGAAGGCCUCGACUAUGGAGGGGUGGCCAGGGAGUGGUUCUUCCUGCUGUCUCACGAGGUGCUGAACCCCAUGUACUGUCUGUUUGAGUAUGCCGGGAAAGACAACUACUGCCUCCAGAUCAACCCUGCCUCCUACAUCAACCCUGACCACCUCAAGUACUUCAAGUUCAUAGGACGCUUCAUUGCCAUGGCUCUGUUCCACGGGAAGUUCAUAGACACAGGGUUCUCCCUGCCCUUCUACAAGCGCAUCCUGAACAAGCCCUGGGCACUGAAGGAUCUGGAGUCCAUCGACCCAGAGUUCUACAACUCCCUCAUCUGGAUCAAGGAGAACGACAUCGAGGAGUGUGGUCUGGAGAUGUACUUCUCGGUAGACAAGGAGAUCCUGGGUGAGGUCACCACCCACGACUUGAAGCCUGACGGGGGAGACCUCCAGGUGACGGAGGAGAACAAGGAGGAGUACAUCAGGCUGGUGGCUGAGUGGAGGCUGUCUCGGGGAGUAGAGGAGCAGACCCAGGCCUUUUUUGAAGGCUUCAACGAGGUCCUUCCCCAGCAGUACCUGCAGUACUUUGAUGCCAAAGAGCUGGAGGUGAUGCUGUGUGGGAUGCAGGAGAUAGAUCUGGCUGACUGGCAGAGGAACACCAUCUACAGACACUAUGCCCGCAGCAGCAAGCAGAUCCUCUGGUUCUGGCAGCUGAUUAAAGAGAUGGACAAUGAGAAGAGGAUGAGGCUGCUGCAGUUUGUCACCGGCACCUGUCGCCUGCCCGUCGGAGGUUUUGCUGACCUCAUGGGGAGCAACGGCCCCCAGAAGUUCUGCAUCGAGAAAGUGGGGAAGGAGAACUGGCUGCCCAGGAGUCACACAUGCUUUAACCGUCUGGACCUGCCGCCCUACAAGAGCUACGAGCAGCUGAAGGAGAAGCUGAUGUUUGCCAUCGAGGAGACGGAGGGCUUUGGCCAGGAGUGAUGGAGAGACAGGAGUGAUGGAGAGACAGGAGUGAUGGAGAGACAGGAGUGAUGGAGAGACAGGAGUGAUGGAGAGACAGGAGUGAUGGAGAGACAGGAGUGAUGGAGAGACAGGAGGGACGAUAGGCGGGGGGGGUGGGUGGGUGUGGAAGGUCUGUGCGAGCGUGCGUGCAUGUGUGACAGCCCCCGAAGCAGCACGCUAGGUCUUACUCCAUCGACCUUGCACUAGCACGACACCACGUUUCCAGCCUCAAACCAGAGAGGCUGCUCCUACACAUCUCUCAGAAUGUCCUCAACUAUUAUGCAUGGAAGCCCGCCCUCUAUGACAUCAUAUUCAUGGGACACCGGACUACUGCAGAUCUUUCCCACCGUACCAUGCCUCACCUAUGAUGUCUGUAUCCCAAAGCGUUCUCUUGAGAUAUUGGACACUUUUAUUUUAAAAAGGCCUCUGCUGAUCAUGCAGCAUGCAGACGGAGAGGGCCUCCCAUAGAAGACCUUCUAGCACCAAGAUUGUCACCUGGACUGAUAUUUGAAUAUCUCGAGUCUUGAUUUGUAACGUGGGAUGGUUGAAGGUAUUAUUAUCUUACUGAAGACACCAUUAGAAUCUCCCAGAUCAAAUGAAUCCCUAUCCGAAUUAUUUUUAUGAAUAGCAAAGCAAUAUUGUUGGCAGCACAGCAUUGUUAAAUGGAUUGGAAUACCAUCUUGGUGCUAAAAAGUGUCCAUGAAACUGACAAACUGAGACAGGACAUUUUGUUCAACACAUCAAGCAUUUACCUGUGAAUGGAUGAACGACUGUAAGGGGUUUAUGGCUCCCUAUAUUUAUAAUGGUACAUAUAAGAACAUGAAUGUGUCUGCAGGUUUACCCCUAGUUUUAUAGGGUCACUGUGACACAUCAAUUACUAUAUAACAUCCUAGUUAACAGUAUUCUGGAAGUGUGAAAUGAUUUGUGUCCAGAAUGUUGACACUAAGAUGUUACAGCCUACCUCCUGGAUAGGUGGAUUAAAGAUGAACAUUUAGGCUCCGUUUUUCCAUCACAGAUUAUUCUUAAUCCUAAACUACAAGGCCCAAUAAGAAAAUCUUCACUUUUUGACUUGUCAAAAAUCUGUUUCUAAGAAAUCAGACAAUUGUGUGCUGAGAAGCUGUCUAAUUUACCAGCUGUUUUAUAGGCUUCAACUUAGUAUUCAUCUGAAUAUUCUGGUUUCUUGGAUCUAGAUUAAGACUAAAUGUAUUAAAAGGAUUCUUCCACAGAGAUAAAUUAACAUCAAGUGACAACAGCUGUAAUUUAGGGUUUUAUUAAUUUGUGUCUUGGAGACCAUUCUAUGGUGUGGAACUGCGCCUCUUUAAAACAUUUCAUCGUGUCGUCACUCUGGGUAAAUUGGGGAUUGAAAUCCUAGGGAAGAAAGUGUAAAUAUAAUUGCAAGUUGCAAACAGAAUCUCAUCUCCUUUUAUUUUUGUCUCAAGAAUUCUCCUUAUGCAAAUAUAUCCCCUCCCCCGGCCUGCCUGUACAUUACCCUCUUGUAAAUGGUGUUAAUAACAAAUCUAAAUUUCUUUUUGUAAAAUAUUAAGAAAUGAUUUUAGAAAUAACAAGGGUUUAUCGUAUAGUAGCAUUUUAAUUCUCCUGAUUUCCUUUUUGAUUAUGUACAUGUGUAAAAAAAACAACAAAAAAAACAGUUCACCUAAAUAAAUUAAAUCUAUGGGUCAA